CAUAGAGUCCGGGGGGGUUCACCAGUGCAUUAACACAAAAUUACUCGCUGCUUGAACAACGGCUGCAGAAGAUAAAAAGGGCGGGUAUACACUGCCUGUACGCUGCUAUCUUCCACGGAAAUUCUAAAACAGAUUUUCAGCUAACUCUUCAAGGGGAUAUACCCUCAGGUCUAUUGGAUAUUACCUCCUGAAAGAUGGAUCCCUACGCGGGUUGGAGAAACCACCAUGCUAGUCUCAUGCAGAAACCGUUUAUGAAGGAAGGGGGUAUAUUCGACCACAACGGCAACUCGCUUGCAGCAAGUGCCAGUUUCACACCCAGUGCCCAGGAAGUCAAGGGUAUCAAGGACGCAAUACUAACCGGGGACAUGUCCUUCACGACCUCCGGCGUCACGCUUAACAAAGAGAGCUUCGCUGUUCUCAAGCUAGAGCGCAGCGACCGGAUGUGCCUUUUAAAGUCUAAGAGCAAGCAGGACACGGAACCUCUAUCAGGCUGUGUGAUGGUGUGUCCCACCGUUGUCGUCAUCGGCGUCAGUGCUGACGGAGGGAUCAGAGGAGCCGGAGCAGGAGAGGUUAUCCGAGUUGCCAAUUAUAUUUCUGACAACACAUAAAUGGUUGUGUCAUUACGUCUUCAGAAACAUGCACUAUUAACAGUGUAUUUAAGUAGCAAUCACAAAGCGAUUAUAUAUCACUAAGACGGUUGAUAUUUGAUAUUCGGGGUAUUUUGUCUCGAAAUUAGAUAUAUGUUCGGCUACAGCUAAAAAACUUGAUAUUUUUUUAAAAGAAAAUCGCCUUUCAACAAUGUGGCAGGCAAUUUUUGCAUAAUCAUAUUUUUCAAGAAUUUUCGGCCACAAAUUUAUUUUAAACUCUGUCGUAAUCAGUUGGGUUUGUCGCCUGUUGUUGACAUCGCCAACUCAUCAUUGAGGUUGGAUUGCAACUCGCAAUCUGAUUGGUCCGUUAUACUGAAUAGCAAUUCAAAUUGGCUCAAGAAAAUCAAGGGCGGGUAAUUUGAGAUCGCGAGAGCCACGGGGAUGGAACCAGGGGUUAUUGUUGGCCAUAUAGAAGAUGAUAUGCUUGUCAGGUGCACAUUUAGCUUUUAUACCAAUAUUCUGCAACUUCACUACCUAAAAGCACUGAUUCAUGAUUGAUUUAUUUAUUGAUUCCUGCAUCCUAAGACAUGGCUGGUUCAGGAUGGUAAAAAACAAUUGUAAACAAAAUCACAUUAACAGUUAACUACUUGUCUAAUGUUCGUGUGUCCGUUAUUACCCAGAAUCAAGAGGUGGAACCUUUCAGUGUGUGCUAUGGAACUUGAUAUUAACGUUAUCAACACAUUUUCAAAAUAGAGAACAAACAAUGCAGAGUUAAGACUCCAUUUUAAUGUAAGAAUUAAAAGGAUGUAUAUUUGCAAUUAAAUAUCAUGUGUGCACCAACAUAAUGUUUGUGGAAUUAUGGAACGGUUUAAAUUUCUGGGAUCAUAGAAUUUAUUUUUCAUUUCGUAUAAAGAAGUGUCGGUUUGUUCAA